GGGCCGGAAUCGUUGGCCACCGCCACUCUAAUACGGAGUACAGUACCAUCGUCAAUGGCAAUAAAGUAAUUAAAGUGACAUAUGAUGUCGAAUUUAAUAAAUGAGAGGGUUGAGUUCGCCAUCUGAUGAAUGCUUGUUCAGGCUCAGUUCCAGCACCAAAUUCCGAGUCCAACUCACCUAACCCGUUUGGAAAUCAUUACAUUUCCCGAUCUGUCUUCCGUUGAGAAUGCAAAUGUUUUCAUCAUCCAAGCCAAAUAGUUUCUCUAACUUUUGACGCAUACUUCAAAGCUAUAAUUCUCAGAAUUCUAACUAUACCCACUAAAGAAGAAGGCUAGAUGGCAGUUCCAAUAGAAGAAGCCAUUGCAGCUCUCUCUACAUUCUCUCUUGAGGAUGAGCAACCAGAGGUGCAAGGACCAGCGGCUCUGGUGUCAAGUGAGAGAGGAGCAACCGGUAGUCCAGUUGAGUACAGUGAUGUUUCUGCAUAUCGCUUAUCUCUAUCUGAGGACACAAAAGCUCUCAAUCAGCUGAAUUCGCUCAUUCAAGAAGGGAAGGGGAUGGCAUCAGUGCUUUAUACAUAUCGCAGUUGUGUCAAAGCACUUCCUCAGCUUCCUGACUCUAUGAAGCACAGUCAGGCUGACUUAUAUAUGGAAACAUAUCAAGUUUUGGACUUGGAGAUGAGUCGUCUGCGUGAAAUUCAGCGAUGGCAAGCAUCAGCUGCAUCCAAACUAGCAGCUGACAUGCAGCGCUUUUCUAGGCCCGAACGUCGUAUUAAUGGUCCUACAAUAACUCAUCUAUGGUCCAUGUUGAAGUUACUUGAUGUUUUAGUGCAACUUGAUCAUCUUAAAAAUGCUAAAGCAAGCAUACCUAAUGACUUCUCUUGGUAUAAGAGGACAUUCACACAAGUCAGUGUUCAGUGGCAAGACAUUGAUUCAAUGAGGGAGGAGUUAGAUGAUCUACAGAUUUUCUUAAGCACAAGGUGGGCUAUCUUGUUAAACUUGCAUGUAGAGAUGUUUCGUGUGAACAAUGUAGAAGACAUUCUUCAGGUUCUCAUAGUAUUUGCUGUUGAGUCACUGGAGUUGGAUUUUGCACUUCUAUUCCCUGAGAGACACAUUCUUCUGCGUGUUUUACCUGUUCUUGUUGUCCUAGCAACAUCAUCAGAGAAAGAUGGCGAGUCGCUGUACAAGAGGGUGAAAAUCAAUAGGCUAAUUAAUAUUUUUAAGAAUGAUCCAGUAAUUCCUGCAUUCCCAGAUCUUCAUCUUUCUCCUGCUGCAAUUUUGAAAGAAUUGGCAAUGUACUUUCAGAAGUUUUCUUCACAGACUCGUCUUCUCACCCUUCCAGCACCUCAUGAAUUUCCACCCCGAGAGGCACAAGACUAUCAGAGACAGUAUCUGAUUGUCAAUCACAUAGGAGCUAUUCGUGCAGAGCAUGAUGAUUUUGCAAUUCGUUUUGCUUCAUCGUUAAAUCAGCUGUUGUUAUUGAAAUCAACAGAUGGUGCAGAUAUUGAGUGGUGCAAAGAAGUCAAGGGAAACAUGUAUGAUAUGGUUGUUGAAGGUUUCCAGCUCUUAAGCAGAUGGACAGGGCGCAUCUGGGAACAGUGUGCAUGGAAAUUCUCUCGCCCAUGCAAAGAUGCGAUUCCUUCUGAAUCAAAUGGAACUUCUGCAACAAUUUCUGACUAUGAAAAGGUGGUAAGAUAUAAUUAUAGUGCUGAGGAAAGGAAGGCACUUGUUGAACUCAUUACCUACGUAAAGAAUGUUGGAUCCUUGAUGCAUAGAUGUGACACAUUGGUAGCUGAUGCCUUGUGGGAAACAAUACAUGCUGAGGUUCAAGAUUUUGUCCAAAACACUUUGGCGACAAUGUUGCGAACUACCUUCAGAAAGAAGAAGGAUCUUUCAAGGAUUCUUUCUGAUAUGCGGACUCUUUCAGCAGACUGGAUGGCAAAUACAAGCAAGACUGAAUCUGAGUUACAAUCACAUGGAGGUGAAGAUAGUAAAGGGAACUUCUUUUCUCCGAGGCCAGUCGCGCCAACAGCUGCACAGGUCCAUUGCUUGCAAUUCCUGAUAUAUGAAGUGGUAUCUGGUGGUAAUCUUCGGAAGCCUGGAGGGCUUUUUGGCAAUAGUGGGUCUGAGAUUCCUGUAAAUGAUUUAAAGCAGUUGGAGACCUUCUUUUACAAGCUUAGUUUCUUCCUGCAUAUAUUGGACUAUUCAGCAACUAUUGCAACUUUGACGGAUCUUGGUUUCUUAUGGUUUAGGGAAUUUUAUUUGGAGUCUUCUCGUGUUAUUCAGUUUCCCAUCAAAUGCUCUCUUCCCUGGAUGUUGGUGGAUCAUGUGCUUGAGUCCCAGAAUGCAGGCCUUAUUGAAAGUGUUCUGAUGCCAUUUGACAUCUACAACGAUUCAGCUCAGCAAGCUCUGGUGAUGCUAAGGCAGCGGUUCCUCUACGAUGAAAUUGAGGCUGAGGUGGACCACUGUUUUGAUCUAUUUGUUUCAAAACUCUCUGAGACUAUUUUCACAUAUUACAAGAGCUGGGCAGCGAGUGCAUUACUUGAUCCAUCAUUCCUUUUUGCCUUGGACAACGGAGAAAAAUAUUCUGUCCAACCUAUGAGGUUCACUGCUCUAUUUAAGAUGACUAGAGUAAAGUUGCUGGGGAGGACCAUUGAUUUAAGAAGCUUGAUUGCUGAGCGGAUGAACAAAGUUUUCAGAGACAAUCUUGAGUUUCUAUUUGAUCGUUUCGAGUCACAGGAUCUAUGUGCAGUAGUGGAAUUAGACAAAUUACUGGAUAUCCUAAAGCAUACCCAUGAACUGCUUUCUAAAGAUAUUUCAAUAGACUCAUUUGGUCUCAUGUUGAAUGAGAUGCAAGAAAACAUCUCACUUGUGUCAUUUUCUAGUCGACUUGCUUCUCAGAUUUGGUCAGAGAUGCAAAAUGAUUUCCUGCCAAACUUUGUUCUUUGCAAUACUACUCAACGUUUUGUCCGAUCAUCAAGAGUUCCACUUGUUCCUGUUCAAAAACCAUCAGUUCCCCAUGCCAAGCCUAACUUCUAUUGUGGUACUCAGGAGUUGAAUUCUGCACAUCAGAGUUUUGCUCGCUUGCAUAGUGGGUUCUUUGGAAUUCCCCACAUGUUUUCUGUUGUUAGACUUUUGGGAUCCAGAUCAUUGCCUUGGCUUAUCCGAGCCCUCCUAGAUCAUAUAUCAAAUAAGCUAACUACACUUGAACCCAUGAUUACGGGAUUACAAGAAGCAUUGCCAAAAUCUAUUGGAUUGCUUCCUUUCGAUGGUGGUGUUGCAGGUUGUAUGAGGCUUACUAAAGAAAAUCUUAAUUGGGGGACAAAAUCAGAGCUCAAAGCAGAGGUUCUUAGAGGGAUAAAGGAGAUUGGAAGUGUAUUAUAUUGGAUGGGGCUUCUUGACAGUGUAUUGAGGGAAGUUGAUACCACGCAUUUCAUGCAAACAGCCCCUUGGUUGGGCUUGCUUCCUGGUGUGGAUGGGCAGAUACUUCAUUCUCAAGAUGGCAGGGAUAGUCCUCUUGUCAAUCUUUUCAAAUCAUCUAUUGCUGCAAUUGUAUCUAACCCUGGUUGUCCAAAUCCCUCAUCUUUCUUCACCAUGUCAAAGCAGGCAGAAGCUGCAGAUCUUUUGUACAAGGCUAACAUGAAUACUGGAAGUGUGCUGGAAUAUGCUCUUGCUUUUACCAGUGCAGCACUUGAUAAAUAUUGUACUAAGUGGAGUGCUGCUCCCAAGACAGGGUUCAUUGACAUAACAACUUCAAAAGAUUUCUACCGUAUAUAUAGUGGCCUUCAAAUAGGAUACCUGGAGGAGUCUGAUAAACAAUCAUUCAACUAUCAUGAAGUGCUGGGUGAUUCGGUUGCAUGGGGUGGUUGCACUAUAAUAUACUUGCUUGGUCAGCAGCUACAUUUUGAGCUCUUCGACUUUUCAUAUCAAAUCCUCAAUGUUGCUGAGGUGGAGGCUGGAUCACUCUCAAAAAUGCACAGGAAUCCUAAUCUUACUCAGGGAUGGGAAACUUUAUUGGAAGCCAUGAAGAAAGCAAGGAGGUUGAACAAUCAUGUUUUCUCCAUGCUAAAAGCGCGCUGCCCCUUGGAAGACAAGAUAGCUUGUGCUAUCAAGCAAAGUGGCGCCCCUCUGCAUCGGAUUAAGUUCGAGAACACUGUUUCUGCAUUUGAAACCCUGCCACAAAAGGGUGAUUGAAAGAUUCCUGCAACCCUUUAAUACUUCAGGUCCUUUUUCUCAUCAUAUAAUGUCCAUAAUUAUGGCGUUAUCAAGCUGUAGGUGCUAAGAUGUUUCCUGAACAAUAUGUUAAAAGAGUGUGAAAUGAAAACGUAUAGUCUACCCAUAGAGGGGAAUUCUUUAACUGCCAUUUGUAUUCUAACAGAUGUCUGCGUAGUCGAAAAUGAAGUGUUGGCAUUUCAUUUUUGAGA